AUGGAGUGUGGAAAGGGGUUUAGAACAAGCAGUGAAUGUACAUGCCAUCAAAGGAUCCACACAGGGGAGAAGCCCUAUAAAUGCAUGGAGUGUGGAAAGGGCUUCAGAAAAAGCAGUAAUCUUAUAUGCCAUCAAAGUAUCCACACAGGGGAGAAGCCCUAUAAAUGCAUGGAGUGUGGAAAGAGAUUCACCCAACAUGGUAGUCUAGUAUCCCAUGAAAGAAUCCACACAGGAGAGAAGCCAUAUAAGUGCAUAGAAUGUGGAAAGGGCUUCAAGAAACACAGUCAUCUUACAUCCCAUCAAUGGAUUCAUAAAGGAGAGAAGCCGUAUAAAUGUAUAGAAUGUGGAAAGGGCUUUACCCAACACUGUCAUCUUAAUUCCCAUAAAAGACUCCACACAGGGGAAAAGCCCUAUAAAUGCCUGGAGUGUGGAAAAGGCUUCACCCGACAUAAUGUUCUUAUUUCCCAUAAAAGAGUCCACACAGGGGAAAAGCCAUAUAAAUGCAUGGAGUGUGGAAAGGUCUUCAGAACAAACAGUCAUCUUACAGUCCAUCAAAGGAUCCACACAGGGGAGAAGCCAUAUAAAUGCAUGGAGUGUGGAAAGGGCUUCAAUAACCAGAGUCAUCUUACAUGCCAUCAAAGGAUCCACACAGGGGAGAAGCCAUAUAAAUGCAUGGAGUGUGGAAAGAGCUUCAUCCGACAUAAUGUUCUUAUUUCCCAUAAAAUAAUCCACACAGGAGAGAAGCCAUAUGAAUGCAUGGAAUGUGGAAAGGGCUUCAGUCAACACAGUAAACUUACAUCCCAUCAAAGUAUACAUACAGGGGAGAAGCCAUAUAAAUGCAUGGAGUGUGGAAAGGGCUUCAGGACAGGUAGUGAACUUACAUCCCAUCAAAGGAUACAUACAGGGGAGAAGCCCUAUAAAUGCAUGGAGUGUGGAAAGGGCUUCAGGACAAGCAGUGACCGUACAUCCCAUCAAAGGAUACACACAGUGGAGAAGCCCUAUAAAUGCAUGGAGUGUGGAAAGGGCUUUACCCAACAUGGUCAUCUUAUUUCCCAUAAAAGAAUCCACACGGGAGAGAGGCCACAUAAAUGA